AUGGCCGCGACAUUACGGGACCUAUUGGUGCAUUAUACUACGAAAAGGGCAAUAAGGGCAGAUGAGCAAGAGGGCGAUACUGGGAAGGGAAGUUUCAGCGAAAUAUUCUGGGGAGACGUUAAAAUAGUAUAUGACGCGUUAUUGGAUGCAAUGGAGGAACACAGGCUAGAACUAGAGCCCUUGUGCGGACAGAUCGUGACGGAUGCGGGGAUGGAACAAAUACGCGUGGAGGAUUCAUCCUUAUGCAAGGACAUCAUGAAAGUUUACUAUUUUAUCCAAGGUAUUCCACCAGAGCACGGCACGAAUUCGGCUGCAAAUCCGCCUGAGGACCAGAUACACCCAUUCAUGAGGUGCAUGGUAGGAUACGUCACUUUAGCCAAACAAUUUGCACCGCUGUGUGACUUCAACACCUUAGUGCCCUAUGCACGCGCGGCCACAGCCGCUAUGAGGCCAACGUACCAAGUGUACACUAGUAAUAGUGCAUGCAACGGAUUGGAUUUCGAUACACUACAAAUAGGGCACAAAUUGGUAGGAAAGACAAUUCAGGCAUGGAUACACAAUGACAGUACUCGGUGGCACGAAAUCAUGGCCGAUUAUGUGCACGCCUCUUGUGCCGACCACACCACAAUUCAGGCAGGCACCAACAGCGGGCAGGAUACACACGAACAGCCAGACAGCAAGGGUGCACACGGGCCAAUUAGUCCGGACGAUUUAAAAAAGUUGGCCGCUAGUAAACAUGAAUUAUCCAAGGAGGACGCGACAGCAGUGUUGAACCAGAUACAGGGACUGACUGAUACGGAUAAUAUAAUGAAGAAGUUGAAAGAAGCAAUUGAAGAAGUGGAAUCGGAGACAAACAAAAAAGUGACGACAGCAGCAAGCACACCAUCCCCAGGUACACAUACAACAUCGUCAUCAUCCGGAUCAUCGACAACAUCAUCAACAUUUUCAUCGUCAUCACCAUCCGGGACGUCGGAGUCGGCGCCCGCCAAAUCCGCCACGGCGGCUACUGUGCCGGCUGGAACACCAGUACCACCAGCAGGCAAGACACCGCAAGCACCGGCAUCCCCAGUAUUACCAGCAACGCCACCACCACCUCCUCCUCCAUCAAGGACAUCAGAGGGUGAGGGGACAGCAUCAACGGACACAGCACCAGCGCAGCCAGCAGGGACAUCGACGGAUGCCACAGGUGAGGACGAGUGUAAGCACGCGAAGUCCAGUUCUGCAGCCUCUGGUGCAGAGACACAUGAAGGAUCCCGCGUUAGUGUCACGACAGUUCCCUAUUCCUAUCCCGGUCAACCGUCAUGUGCAACAGUUAACAACAUCAGGGAGCACGAGAGAGCUCCAUCUUCCACAGGUACCUGCGACAGUCCACAGAGCAGCAGCCGCAACGGCUCCUCCGGAGGUGUUGACAACGUGCUGGAUGCCUUAUGA